UAUUUUAAAGAAAACCCAUUGUUAGAAAAAAGGAAAGAGAGAGAGAGAGAUAGAGAAAGUGGAUUUAUGGCUGGUUGGCAAAUGUGAGUAGCCGGCGUAGAAGUAUAAGCAUCUUCAUUCCGGUUUGUUCAAACGCACUGUUCAUCUUAGGACCGACGAAUUCCACGCGCUAAUAUUCUCAAUUUUGGACUCUGUUCGUGUUGCUGUUUGAUUCUUUUCGCGUUUGGCGGCUCUCACUAAUUAAACCACGCUCUGUUGUUAUCCUGCUUUCCGUGAGGCAGGAAGCAAUUUCUUCGAGCUCUACCUCCGGUCAGGGCUGGCGGUGACUUGUGGCGGUUGAGAGAUUUUACUUGUUGGAUCAGAAGUUGAACAUAAUAUAAGUCGUGAUGACUUGUUUCUGUUUUGGUUCAAAAAGAAAUAGUGAUUCGUCGGUUGCACAAACAAUUGCAGUAGUUGAAGAGAUUUCAAAUAUUCCGAACGUUCGGUUGUACUCAUACAAAGAACUUAGAAAAGCAACUGAAAAUUUCAGGUCUGAAAACAAACUUGGACAGGGAGGUUUUGGAUCUGUCUACAAGGGAAGGCUUGGAAAUGGAACUUUGGCUGCCAUAAAGGUACUAUCCAUGGAUUCAAGCCAAGGGACACGUGAAUUUUUGGCAGAAAUCAAUGUGAUCUCAGUUAUAAAUCAUGAUAACCUGGUUAAGUUGCAUGGUUGUUGUGUGGAAGGGCAGCACCGGAUCCUGGUCUAUCCUUACCUAGAAAAUAGCAGUCUUGACAAGAUGCUUUUUGGUGGUAGAGGACAUAGGAAUAUUCAAUUCAAUUGGCAAACAAGGUGUAAAAUAUGCAUUGGCGUUGCACAGGGGCUAGCGUUCCUUCAUGAGGAAGUUCAGCCGCAUGUUAUACACAGAGACAUCAAGGCAAGCAAUAUCCUGCUUGAUAAGGAUUUAAACCCAAAAAUUUCUGAUUUUGGUCUUGCUAGACUACUCCCUGCUAACUUGACUCAUGUUAGUACACGUGUUGCCGGGACAGUAGGUUAUCUUGCACCUGAAUUUGCCAUACGGGGACAAGCGACAAGAAGAACAGAUAUUUAUAGUUUUGGUGUCUUACUUUUGGAAAUUGUUUGUGGGAGGUACAACAUAAAUAGACGGUUACCUGCUGAAGAACCGUAUCUUCUUGAAAUGGUGUGGGAGCAUCAUGAGAAAGGGCAAUUGUUGGAAUUGGUAGACAUAUCAUUACGUCAAGACUUUGUGACGGAGCAGGCCUGUAGAUACUUAAAAAUCGGUCUUCUCUGCACCCAAGAUAUGCCAAAACUCCGGCCAUCUAUGGCUACUGUUGUCAAGAUGCUAACGGGUGAAAUCGAUAUAUCUGAUCAAACAAUAUCUAGACCAGGAAUGCUUUCAGAGUUCAUGCUUCGAAAAGAUGUACUAUGCAAGAAAGGUGAGUCAACAGCUGAAGACUCAGGAAAGCCAAUUGAUUCAACUUCAUCAUCAAGACACAUGGACACCUCAUAUGCUACGAUAACCUUCGAUUCAAUAUUUGAUCGUAGUAACUGAGUUAUAAAUUAUUUGUUGGUUAGCAAGCCUUCUAAUUAACGGGAGGUAUAUAUUUAUUUUUUUGUUCUAUCAUGAAUACAUGAAUUCUAUUCUACUAUUGGCACUUUUUCCACUUUCAUGUGUCAGUAUCUAACCUUGUCAUUGUAGGAGUUUUUAGUGAUGAAUUUUCAUUGAAAAUCACAUGACGUGUUGUGUUCUCGAGGUGUAUAUCGAACUAUUCUUUGUAUUUUUGGUCCUGUUAGUAUGAACAAAUGUAUCAAUAUUUGCAUGUAAAGGAUAUGAAGCUGCUUGGUGUGUUGUGCA